AUGAGUGAAUGCAAUGAAAUUGAUAUAAAAGAAUUAUUAAUAUCGUUGGUAUCUCCAUAUGAUUAUUUAUACUCUAAAAAGUCGAAAGAAUUUAAAAAUGUUACGAAAAGAAAAGAAAAAUGGCAAGAAAUAGCAACAACAAUAUUUACAAUAUCAAAUAAAGAAACAUCAGUUAAAGAAAUUCAGGCAUUAUGGAAAUCAUUAAGUGACAGAUAUUUUGCUGAACGUGAAAAAUUGAACAAAUAUAUAGCCUCCGGAUCAGGUGCUCCUGAAGAAAAUGUUGAAUCUGAUUGGCCUCAUUUUAACAUGUUAGAUUUCUUGAAAAAAUACCGUAAGAAUCGAAAAACAGUAAGCAAUUUUUCUCAUUCCAAAACUGCGUUUAAGCAUCAAGAUGAAGAAAGCGAUGAAGAUUUCGUAUUUGAUCUAACAGUAACCGAAUUGAUUGCGAAGUUAUUUGAUCCCCUAGGGCUUGUUGCCCCUGUUAUCAUUCGAGCCAAACUCAUUCUUCAAGAAUUGUGGACAAAGGGAGUGAGCUGGGAUGAUCCGAUUCCUGUGGAUUUAGCUCAUCGGUGGACUGAUUUUGCUAAUCAGCUCCCCGAGCUCAUGUCGCUAAAGAUCCCACGCUGGGCAGAAUGGAGAUUAGUCCCUGGACACGAAAAUCCAGCAGACUGUGCCUCUCGAGGCUUAACCCCCAUCGAAUUGUCUGUUCACUCCCUCUGGUGGAGAGGUCCACUUUGGCUAACCAAAUCCCCACUCGACUGGCCAAAUCCAAAUCCCUCUUGUGAUGAGAAUGCCUUAGAGAGAUAUCAAAUCAAAAAAACAAAUGUCGUACAGAAGUUGUCGCCACCUUGUCAAAUAAUCGAUCGUUGCGCCUCUCGAUUAUUCAUUCCAGAGGAAUUGGAGAUUGCGAAAUACUGGUGUGUAAAGCAAGUUCAAGCAUCAGCAUUUUCGGAUGAAAUUAAGUUACUCUCAGCAGGACACCAAUUGCCUAAACAACACUCACUAAAUCGUCUUACACCUUUCCUCGACAAAUCUGGCCUUCUUAGAGUCGGCGGAAGGUUGAACAACUCCUUACUUAGUCACGAAAACAAACACCCCGUCAUACUUCCACGAAACUCUCACCUCUCCGAACUUAUCAUCACCGAUGCCCAUGACCGAACGCUUCAUGGAUCUACACAAACCACGUUAUCCUAUAUUCGAUCCACAUGUUGGAUAUUAAAGGGAAGAGCUCCUGUCCGAUCACACAUCUUGAAGUGUAUUCGAUGCGCCGCCUUUAGAAGGAGAACCGCUCAACAACUCAUGGGCCAGUUGCCUUCCAGCCGAGUUGUACCCUCGACCAGACCGUUCCUCCACGCCGGGGUGGACUAUGCCGGGCCUUUUAAUCUGAAGACUUGGUCAGAGCGGGCGGCUCGACAGUACAAAGGAUAUCUUGUCUUGUUCGUUUGCUUAACAACCUCAGCCUUACAUCUUGAGCUGGUAACAGACUACACUGCUGACGCCUUCCUAGCAGCAUACCGAAGAUUCACAUCACGUCGUGGCAUCUGUCAAACCCUAACUAGUGACUGCGGAACAAACUUAAAAGGGGCUGAUGCUGAAUUAAAACGCUUCUUCUCUGCUGCGUCUGAAGAACUGGGAAAAUUUGCCAAUCUAAUUGCAAAUGAUGGAACUACUUGGAAUUUCAACCCACCUGCAGCCCCCCAUUUUGGAGGAAAAUGGGAGGCAGGAGUGAAAUCAGUGAAACAUCACCUUCGACGAAUCAUUUUAAAUAGAAUCCUCACAUUCGAGGAGUUGUCAACCCUUCUUGCACAAAUCGAAGCCGUGCUGAACUCACGACCCUUAUGCCCACUCACGAACGAUCCAGACGACCUAUCUGUCCUUACCCCAGGACACUUUCUUAUCGGCCAGGCAUUGUCGCUUGUCCCGCAGCCCAGUCUUAAGGACAUCAAUACUAACCGGCUUUCCCGCUGGCAACGCAUUCGCCAGAUGACGGAACAGUUUUGGAGUAAGUGGUCAAAAGAAUACCUCCAAAGGUAUCAGGCGGUCUACAAAUGGAAUCAGUCGACCAAUGAUAUAAAAGUUGGAACCUUAGUCCUCAUUGUCGAUGAGCGAUUCCCUCCUUCAAAAUGGCCAUUGGGAAGAGUAACUCAGACUCACCCCGGCAAAGACAACCUUACUAGAGUGGCCACCAUAAAAACUCAAGUCGGUGUAGUGACUCGACCGAUUGUAAAACUAUGCCCCUUGCCUAUUCCUAGCGAUACCUUAUAG